UCAUGGCGCUGGCUAAGACCGUCUACAACUUGCUCUUCAGGAGAACGUCCACUUUCGCUGUAACCAUCAUGGUUGGAGCGGUUUUCUUCGAGAGACUCUUCGACCAAGGCGGCGACGCGAUCUUCGAGCAGAUGAACAGCGGGAAACUAUGGAAACACAUCAAGCACAACUACGAGGUCAAGGAGGAAUAAGGACCCGGCUCCCGGGGUCACCUGAGGCUGACGUGCAGCUGUGGUCACACUUCCCAUCUUCCAUUCUUCCAUUCUUCCUGGACUUCACAUCAGCAGUCAACAUGGACAGUGAGCUCAGGACUGGCGACCAGAGGAGCCGAGGGAGCUGAUCCACUGUCCAGACCAUCACGAAGCUGGAGCAAUGGUUCCUGAUCCCCCCCCCUCCAUCCCAGUUGUUGUUUGUCAUGUCUGUUCAUCUUUAAGAUUGUAAAUGAUUAAAUUAAACAUGUAUUACAGUA